CGCAGGGACUGCAUCUGUAGGACAGGAGGGAACCACCCAGCUAGACCGCUAGGUGCGUCAGCAUUUGGGAGCCCUUGGUGCAUCUUAAUGACCAUCACGUCUGUUGUGUGUCUCAACGAGCUAGCAGGGGCAGUGCCACCUGUUUAGGCUCACUGUGCGUGGAUCUCUGCGCUGCUAUCCACUACCAGCCGGCUCCUUCAGAACACUCGAGCUGCUCGUUAGGCAGAGUGGAGCGCUGCGGGCAUCUCUAAAACGAUCCAGGCAGAAGGGGGACCUUGCAGAACCACACCCUGGGACCUCUCGAGCUUUCCGCUGGGGUGGUCUUCAACCGGCUUGUGGCGGAGGCGAUGGUGAGCGCUGCGUGGUGAAUCGAGAAGUAGACCGGCGGUGCCAACAUGGUCACGGAGCAGCAGGAAAUACCCUCUUUGAUCUUUUUGAGUACCUGCCUUCUUUUGGGGCGUUGCCAGCAGGAUUCAAGGCACGGAGAAAGCUAUCUGAACUCCUUAUAUGACACAGCACCUCUGUCCUGCUCUGAAGGUUUCACUGAACAAGGUUAUUACAAUGGUACGAUUUCACAGACGGACUCUGGCUCAGAGUGCCUCAAGUGGACUGAGUUUCCAGACUACCUCAUCCAGUACCCUGAUCGUGGACUAGGUGAACAUAAUUUCUGUAGAAACCCUGACCGUGAAUCCAGCCCUUGGUGCUUUUACCGUCAAAGCACAGGUACUAUUGGAUGGGCCUACUGUGAUUGCCACCAAGGUGCUGUGCGCUUGAUAGGAGGGUCAUCGAUCAGUGGCCGAGUGGAGAGCUAUCUGAAUGGCCACUGGGGGUCAGUGUGUAAAAAGCACUGGACGGACCAAGAUGCCAGUGUCAUCUGCAGGCAACUGGGUCUUGGGGAAAUUGGUUCAGCACUGAGUCAGUCUUAUUUUGGAACAGGAUCUGGUCUUUAUCACUAUGAACGUUUGGGUUGUCGUGGGGAUGAAAAGGUUUUAUUACAGUGUAAAACAAGGAAGUUUAUGACAAGUAAUUGUGGCCCAGGAGAUGAAGCAGGACUCAUCUGUGCUCCUCCUCAGGGUUUAGGUGCUCCACUGAGGCUGGUAGGAGGCACUGAAGAAUUUGAGGGACGUGUGGAAGUUUACUACAAGGGAACGUGGGGGUCCGUCUGCGAUGAUCAGUGGGAUGACACUGAUGCCACAGUAGUGUGUCGACAACUGGGACUCAUGGGCACAGCAAAAGCUUGGUCAUGGGCUCAUUUUGGGCCUGGCACUGGUCCUAUCCUAUUGGAUGACGUGGAGUGCACUGGCAAUGAGCUUUCAUUAGAUGAAUGUACUCAUGGUGGCUGGGAAAAACAUAACUGUGACCAUGUGGAGGAUGCUGGUGUGUCCUGUAACCCAUAUACUGAUGGAGUGGUACGAUUGGUUGGUGGGGACACUGUCUUACAAGGAAGACUGGAGGUCUUUUAUGAUGGAAACUGGGGAUCAGUAUGUGAUGAUGGAUGGAGUGAUCUCAACUCAAUGGUAGUGUGUCAACAAUUGGGUUUCAGAGGGAAAGCUUCUACCUCUCCAGAGGGAUUAUAUGGUAUUGGCUCAGGACUAAUCCUGUUGGAUGAUGUGCGCUGCUCUGGAUCUGAACAUUCCUUGCUCGACUGCUCUCACUCUGUCUUGGGACAACAUGAUUGCUCUCAUAAUGAAGAUGUGGGAGUGCAAUGUGAGACAGAGAUUAAGAGUAAUGAGAUACUAGAUAACACUCCAGAUACAGGUCUGCUCAUUCGCCUGGCAGAUGGAGAGUCCCAAAAGGAGGGACGAGUUGAGGUGUUCCAGAAUGGACAGUGGGGCACAGUAUGCGAUGAUGGCUGGACGGAUCGUGAUGCCACGGUAGUCUGCAGACAACUUGGGUUUGAAGGUCUUGCAAAGGCACGCUCCAUGGCUUACUUUGGGGAAGGUCAGGGUCCCAUUCACCUAGACAAUGUGAAGUGCUCUGGGCACGAGCAGACCUUGAGACAAUGCGAGGCUCAGGAGCAAGGCAAGCACAACUGUCGACACAGUGAGGAUGCUGGAGUAAUCUGUGAAUAUUCUGAGGAGACGUUAUUGAGAAGCACAGAGGAAUCAUUGGUCUGUGGUCAACAACCCAUUAUUCAGAGUAGAAAGAAGAGGAUCAUUGGUGGAGUCAAGUCACUCAGGGGUGGUUGGCCAUGGCAAGCUUCUCUCAGGCUCAAAUCUCAUCCUCAUUCUGCCAGGCCAUUGUGUGGAGCUACUCUAAUCAAUGCCUGCUGGUUGCUUACUGCAGCACAUUGCUUCAAGAGGUUUGGAACAGACCCAGCCAAUUACAUUGUACGGCUUGGUGAUUACCACACAGAUGUGCCAGAUGAAUUUGAAAGAGAGGUGGCACUGGAAAAAGUGGUGACACAUAGCAGAUAUCACCUGCAGAGCAGCGACUAUGACAUUGCAGUGCUGCGAGUGCGUGGCAGGGAGGGAAACUGCAUUUCUUUUAACCCACACACUUCACCAGUUUGUCUUCCCCCACUCAAAGGCAACAAAGAAAGUAGAAACCUAAACAAAAAAUCAUCAGCUUGUGUUAUUACUGGCUGGGGUGAUACAGGAUCCUCUUAUUCUCGGACACUCUUACAGGGAUGGAUCCCAUUGCUCUCACCCCGCGUUUGCAAGAUACGCUAUGGAUGGCGCUUUACUCCCCGCAUGCUUUGUGCAGGAAGGCUUUCACAAAGAAAGAGAGUGGACAGCUGCCAAGGAGACAGUGGUGGUCCUUUAGUGUGCCCAGGAUUAAAUGGACAGUGGGUACUGACUGGAAUCACUUCAUGGGGACAUGGCUGUGGUCAACCUGAUUCGCCAGGGGUGUAUACCAGAGUAAGCAAAUUUCUACGGUGGAUUGAGAAAGUAACCAAUGGACAACAGGAUGUCAGAAGAAAUCUGUAGAGGAAACUGAGUAGAGGAUUAAGUGACAUAUACCCUGGAUAUUCUGGGCUGUGUGCCAGCUAGGCAAAGGAUAACUGAAGCUCUGAACUGAAAAUAAUAUAAAAGGACUUUUACAACCUGGGAACUGUCUUUCCAGUCAUUACCAUAUAGGUAUCAAUGACAAAACCAAGAGUCAGAAGCAAGCCUCAGAUGACAGCAAAUAAAUAUUAUGCAGAAAUAGAUGUAUUUGGCAGAGGACUUAAGUCCACAGUUCUCUUAAAGUUCUACAAUCUAGGUAAAUUGGUGCAGCAGUGCUGCACGCCCAUGUGCUGUGUCUGUGGGCAGCACUGUAUAAUAUUGAUAAUGUUCCAAUCUUCCAGAAUAACUUACUCAUUACACAGUUUCUGUAUCCUGUACUUCACACAUGUCUUUUAUCUUAGACCACACACCACUAGUUGGCCUUGGACAUGUAUCAUGUGCAGCACAGAGAUUAGCAUUUUCUCUUUUUACUAACACCCAGCCAAUAUAAACUGUAACACAAAAUACUAUGUCACUGUUCUUCACUAGAUACUUAUUACAGUAUACGUUUGUUCAGUGCUGGGCACCAAAUGCUCUGUGCUCCUGUUUCAACUGUGUAUACUAACACCUCUGUGCCUGAUUAAGCCUCAGUCUUGUGAUGCAUACAAGUGACACAUUUUCUGCAUUGCUCACAAAUGAUCUUAAUACUAAUGCCUCUUACCUGCACCGAAAGACCAGGUUUUGAUAUUAAGGAGGAAAGGCUGGAGUGAUGCACAUAAUUCUGCAUUGUAAUUGCCAAUACAUUAAUACCACUGGGAAGUAAACACUGGUGUUAAACAAAGAUGACUUUAGGCUUAAAAAGAGGAGCUCUGAAAUUCAAAGACUUGUGACUUCCAGGUAAACACAAAGACAGUCUUCAAAGAUAUUCCAAGUAUAAUGCAAAAUACCAAGAUAGGGUGCUUUAAUCUAUAUUAAGCACUGCAUAAAACAGUCACUGAAACUGACUGUAGAUAUACACUGUUAUAAUGGUAAGAGGUUACAAAGAAAUAAGGUGUCUGACAAGCUCCUGAAAUUGAGACACUAAUUGAGACUAAACUGUUUAUUAUUUGCUUAUUUUCCUUUUGUCUUGGAAAUUUCAUGAUGAAAACUGGCCUAGUUUACAGCAUACCACUACGAAGAAUUAUGAGAAAAAAAAAAGAUUUGCUGGGGCAUUUCACUUGCAACUACUUUUUUUUUUUUUUUUUUAAACACUGCACUGUCCACAACUGAAAAAUAUGCAACAGGUACUUUAGACAACCUCUUUAUUGCACUAUACCAUUACCUUCUUGCAUAAUGCAACAAGAGAUAAUUUAAAUGUUUUUAAAGGAUUAAAACCUAGUUGUAUUGUAGCAGUCCUUUUCGUGAUCUGCUAAUAUUUAUGUCGCAAGUCACUAGACCACGCCUUAUGACAAUGACAUGGCACAGGAAAGCUUGUCCGUCUGUAUAUGUCUAAAUUUUUAUCCAUGCAUCUUACAUGGUAUACUCUUCAUUUUGGUUUUAAUGUCAACAUUUCCUUAGUUUACUCAAUUCAGACCGAUAAGCACUACAUCUUAUUAAAGUCAUAUACCAACUCCUCUACCCAUUAAACACGCUCAGAUUCCAACUCCAUAUAGUGUCUUGGUUGCUGGGCCCAAUCAUAUAAGCAUCAGCAGUAGUAAACAGUUUACAUAUUGCCUUGUCAGUACCAAAGAAAAUGUUAGCAAGUCUGUCCCUGCAUUGUACAUAGGACUAGGCUGAGUAAAGCAGGCAAUGUGUGAUGAGUAGUGAUACAAAUUUACAUUAAGUGAUAUCUGCUGGAUUUUAACAAGCUUUCAAUCAUUAAGCACAUAACGGAGUUUAAAGUUAAUCCAUAUAAAUCAUAAAUGUGUCACUUUUCACUACUUUUUAGUCUUUUCAGUUUACCUUCUAUUGGGACACUCUAUAUGUUGAGGCCUUCUUAGCUUACCUUGAUUACUGUUCAUUUACAAUCCCACUAUGUUUACAUGUUUCUAACAAAUAUAGCCCACUGUCGCUGUCAUAAAUGGACAUGUUGCUAGACUUACUGUGGCACCUGCUACCUUCCGCGGGAGUUUUCUACCUGUACAUGUUAGCGGUGGGCAAAAACUAGGUCAGCUUAUGAUGAGUUGUGAGGAAAUGGUCAAAACAUUAGAAGAAAACAGUGAUGUUACUCUCUUGACCAUUUAAGACCUUUAAAUGUAAAUAAAAAAUAUAUUUUCCAGAUAUUCUGUAUUUACUUUUGCCACCCCUGCAACUGCUCUUUAUAGAGUUUCUGCCUGUAUUGCACUGGCAGCAGUGAAAAAGUAAAACGCUCAGCAAUAAUUUCUAAAUUUGAGUUUAGGCACACCAAGGCAAACAUACAGAGGUAGUGUAGCACAACAGUGGAAAAAAGGCUAUAGGAGCCCCCUAACCUAAAAGUAGUUUUAAAAGGCAUAGCUGACUAAAUGGGGACUGGCUUGUCCAGGCUCCUCCAUGGAUGAGUUACUUAAGAAAAAGUAAAAAAAAAAUUGACUGCAUCUGCAUCUAUUAAGCAAUGAAUAGUUUAUUAUAUUAUGCAAUAAAAUAAGUUCAUGAGACUCUUUAACAUGUUUUUUUCACUGUGCUUGAUUCCACUUGGCCAACUAACAGUAGUCAAAACUAGUUUCAACUAACAAAGCUUUGUAACAAAGACAUUAAAAAUAUCCCUGACUUCCUGUCAUAUCUCUUAACUGCAGACCCCUAUAUGCUCAUCUAGACCCUGAAAAAACAUGGUGCUGGUUAGCUACGCCUAAAACAGGUCUAUUGUUAUUAUUUGUGCAAGGCCAAACAUACCAAAUAUAAGUUUGUCAUUCUAGGUCUUAAACAGCUUAGUUUUAACAGCUUAAUGGAUCAUUGCCAGUCUUGCAAUGUCAGGAUUAACCACACUUUCAUUACACUGGGUCAUAUCCGUGUGACUGUAAGCAUUAGUAUUUUUAGAUCUUUUAAAUGUAAUCCAUAAUAACAAGGUCAUAUACAGUAAAUGGUAUUAAAGUUAAUAAACAAAAAAUGCAUAUGUAAAGGUAAAGUGAAGAAGUAUAAAAAAAGAAUGUAGCCAAAAUAUCAUUAUUGCUGUGACACACUCCUUUUCACUUGUUUCCUCCUACAAAAAAAAAAAGUCAAGUCUCAAAUAUAAGAAAAUAUUUAUUCAGGAGUGGGAAACAUUUUACAUGUAAGAUUUGGGCGUUUAUUUCCAGAAAGAUGAAAUGUUAACAUAUGCAUCUAAUGUUACCUUUAUGAUGUUUUCUUUUUACUUAAAAUAUACAAAAUAAAGUGCAUUGCAUUUUCUAAGCUUCUUUCCCUUACUGUGUAGUACUUCAAACAGUAAGAUAAUCUAACCCUGCAUGUUAGAAUAUUCUGUAAAAUUAAUUCAAAUAAUACAUGGCAUGUGACAGAAGUAUGCCAAACACAUUCUUAUCAUCCCUCCUCAUGCCUUAUGAUAUUUACAGUAAUCUAAGGAGGACCUGGGCAAUCUGUUCUUUCUUCAUACUAUCAUGUGAGGUUGCCAACAGAAUCUCUCAGUUGAGAUCAACUCCAUUCUCACUGGCUGGAUAUCAAGUUCUUACCUGGUGACAGCUCUUUCUGUUUGUUGUUAUGCAGAAUCUUCCCCUUGUGAAUGGUAAUCCAGUGGCAAUACAGAAACAAAUAAACAGUACUAACUUUAAAAUACAUCUAAACUUCAUCAUAACUGAAUCAACUAAUGGAACCAAUAGGUUAUCUAAGCCACAUCUAAUUGGUAUUGAGCUACAAAUGUAUAUGUAAAUGACAGUACCUCAGCCUUCCAACAACAUCAAAACAAAAAAAUAAUGCAU